GGACUGGUGUUAAAAGAACUUAUGGCGGAAAUUUGGUUGUCUGAUCCCUAGCACUUGGUAAUAUUUUGUUUUUCUGGCCUUGAUCUGCGAUCAAAACAUGGGGAAUGGGAUGAACAAGGUUCUCCCGGGGCUUUACUUAGGGAAUUUCAGAGAUGCCAAAGACAUGGAUCAAUUGACAAAGAAUAACAUUACACACAUCCUAGCUAUUCAUGACAAUGCUCAACCAGUACUAGAGCACCUAAAGUACAAAUGCAUUCAUGCUGCUGAUUCUCCUGACCAAGAGAUAUCAGGAUUUUUUCAAGAGAGCAUUGAUUUUAUUCACAAGUGCAGGCUAAAUAAUGGAGCAUGCUUGGUUCAUUGCAUGGCUGGAGUAUCUCGCUCAACAACCCUCGUUGCAGCGUACAUCAUGGCGGUCACUCAGCUAAACUGGAGAGAUGCCAUUAAAGCCAUUAAGUGCUCACGUUCCAUAGCCAAUCCAAAUUAUGGAUUCCAAAGGCAACUUCAAGACUUUUAUAACUUACAGGCGUCAAAGGAACGUGAAAGACUUCAAAGAGACUUUCCAAACACGGAUUUCAAGGAUGAGGAGUAUUUGCUAGAACUAAUGGCGAAUAACGAGGAGAAAGAUCUUUCUGAGGAGGACGCAGUGAUGAACGCUUUGUGCAGGCACACAAACAGAACUAAAAUUAAUUCAAUUAGCAAAGAAAACCAAGAAACGUCUCAUCCAAACGACGAAGAGGCAACGAUAAAUACGGAGCUGGAAGAUUAACAUUUUUUCGUACUUUAUACUGUUGUCGUUGGUCUGUAGAUAAUCCAAUGAUUUUGUUGUAACCGACAGAAAUUGGCACGAUCGAGUGGCCGAAUCUGAUUGUUUCGACUUUUUUCCUCCACUAGUUGUCGGUUUCUCUGGAGAGAGAGGGGGGGGGGGGGGGG